AUGCCGCGAAAGACCUCUAAAAAACAGCUGCUCGUGGAAGAAUUGCAUGCUCCAGCGAGAAAAAAUUUCCCACGUAGACGUCUCAUAGUACGCGGAUACGACGAUCUGUGGCAGGCGGACGUGGUCGAGAUGCGUCCAUAUGCACGAUUCAAUAAAGGCUACAACUAUAUACUCACAGUUAUCGAUGUGUUGAGCAAAUAUGCGUGGGCUGUACCGCUCAUGAGUAAGAGUGGAAACGAGAUGUCGGAAACGAUGGCAAAGAUAAUUCGAGACGUAGGAAAAUGCUCGAAAAAUUUACAAACCGAUAGAAGAAAAGAAUUUUACAACGCAAAUAUACAGAAACUCGUGAAGAAACACAGCAUUAAUCUACGGCGUGCACCGUUGAGAGGGAGGACGUCCAAUCUGGCACAAUGGAUAAAACGCCAGUCGGCGAAGCGAGUGAAGCUGCCGCCGCGAACAUAG